UAAAAGCACCCGAAGAAGAAAUCCACCGGAAAUACGCUAGGUCUAGAGCGGAAGUAGGAAUUCCAAGAUGGAGGUGGACGGGAUCGAUCAUAUGGAGAUGGGGGAAAGUAAGGGUGGAACCGGCCUGAGGCAGUACUACUUGUCUAAGAUAGAAGAGUUGCAGUUGACAGUGAACGAAAAGAGCCAGAAUCUCAGACGUCUGCAGGCACAGAGGAAUGAGCUCAACGCCAAAGUGCGUCUCCUUCGUGAGGAGCUGCAGCUGCUGCAGGAACAAGGAUCCUACGUAGGAGAAGUGGUCAGAGUCAUGGACAAAAAGAAAGUGCUGGUCAAGGUUCAUCCAGAAGGAAAGUUUGUUGUGGAUGUAGACAAGAACAUUGACAUUAAUGAUGUGACUCCAAACUGCCGCGUGGCUCUACGCAACGACAGCUACACGCUGCACAAGAUCCUGCCCAACAAGGUGGACCCUCUGGUGUCUCUCAUGAUGGUGGAGAAGGUGCCGGACUCCACCUACGAAAUGAUCGGUGGCCUCGACAAACAGAUCAAGGAGAUCAAAGAAGUUAUCGAGUUGCCUGUUAAACAUCCGGAGCUGUUUGAGGCUUUAGGCAUCGCACAACCCAAGGGUGUGCUGCUGUACGGACCCCCGGGUACAGGGAAGACCCUGCUCGCCAGAGCCGUGGCCCAUCACACCGACUGCACCUUCAUCAGGGUGUCUGGAUCCGAGCUGGUCCAGAAGUUCAUCGGAGAGGGUGCUCGCAUGGUGCGCGAGCUGUUCGUCAUGGCGAGAGAACACGCUCCCUCCAUCAUCUUCAUGGACGAGAUCGACUCCAUCGGCUCGUCUCGUCUGGAGGGAGGAUCGGGCGGAGACAGCGAGGUGCAGAGGACGAUGCUGGAGCUGCUCAACCAGCUGGACGGCUUCGAGGCGACCAAGAACAUCAAGGUCAUCAUGGCCACCAACCGUAUCGACAUCCUGGACUCGGCUCUGCUCCGACCAGGACGAAUCGACAGGAAGAUCGAGUUCCCUCCUCCCAACGAAGAGGCUCGUCUCGACAUCCUGAAGAUCCACUCCAGGAAGAUGAAUCUGACGCGCGGCAUUAACCUGAGGAAAAUCGCGGAGCUGAUGCCCGGAGCUUCUGGUGCCGAGGUUAAGGGAGUCUGCACGGAGGCAGGGAUGUAUGCUCUGAGAGAAAGGAGAGUCCACGUCACUCAGGAGGACUUUGAGAUGGCGGUGGCAAAGGUGAUGCAGAAAGACAGCGAGAAGAACAUGUCCAUCAAGAAGCUGUGGAAGUAAAAGGCCACAUAUGUAUAUUUUCCUCCUUUUGUUUAUGGUUUGUAAUUGUUACAUAACGUCACAAGUAAAUGGUUUCCUCCAGA